GCAGCACUUCAUAUACGCGUACUUAGAUUGAUAUGUAAAUUAUAAAAUUUAAAAUCUUUCAUGUAAACCUUUCAUAAUUUAUAAAAAAUUAACAAAUGAAAUGAAAAUUGAAAUCUUGUUCUUGUUAUUUAUAAUACUGGGUGACUUAAGAAUAAUAAAUGUUUGUUAAACGUAUGACCAAAUAAUGAAUUAUUUAAAUAAUUUGAUAGGCACUGCAGUGACUGGUGAUUCCAGUUUACAAUUGAAUAAUGUUGAGAUAUUAUAUACUAAAGUACAAAGAGUUUAUAUGAAACCACAACAUAAUGAAGAGCGCCAACGAGAAUUAAGAGUUAAUGUAGAAAUUCAUGCAGGUAUUAGUCCUGUAUGUAGAAAGAGUUUAUGCGUUUUGUUAGCAGAUGAUGAUGAUCCUUGUUUUCUUUAUUCUUUAUUUAUCACAGAAGAUGAUUUUAAAAUUUUAAAGUCUCAACAAGGGCUAUUAGUAGAUUUUGAUAAUUUUGCAACUCAAUUAAUAUAUUUAUUAGAACAAUGUCAAAUACCUUCCACAAAUGUAUCAAAAACACCACCAAAAUUUUUAUUGCUAUUAGCAGAAGAAAGUGGAGAAUGGAUUUUCAAACUGGUUGAAACAAAUAAUUUCAAACAUUUAUGUCAUUUAAGCUUAAAUAUAUCACCUGCAAGUGACUCAGAUUUAAAAACACAUAUGGCUAUGAAAAUUAAACAAUUAAAAGAAAAUAUUUUACAACAAAACAGAGAUGCACUUGCACUUGAAACAAGACUAAAUGAUUUGUCAAAUAAAGUAGAAACAAAAACAAAAGAAUUGGAACAAUUAGAACAAAAAUAUAUGACAGAAAAGAAUCAAAUCCAAAUAUCUUCUUCAGAACAAAUAAGUCUUGAAAAAGAUAGAUUUGCUAAAGCACAACUAGAAUGGCAAUGUCAAAGUGAAAAAGAAAAAUUAGAAGUGGAACGUAAACAUACAGAAAUUAUAAAACAACUUCAUACUGAACUUGCAGAAUUACGUACACAAAAUGUAACAUAUAAAGAUAAAUUAUCUCUUCUUGAAGCAACUAAUAUAGAACAAUUUAAACAAUUGCAAACUCUUGAGAAAGAACUUAAUGUUGCUCAAAGAGAUUUAAAUUUAUUAAAAAAACAAAAUUCUAAAUUGGAUACAGAUUAUCAUGAAAAAGAUAAAUCAGUAAAUAGUUUAAAAACAAAAGUUGCUGUACUUGAACAAGAAUUAAAAGACAAAAGUAUACUUAUUAAUAAACAUACAGAAAUGUUAAAAACUGCCAAAGAACAGAAACAAUAUCUUGAAGAUCUUUUAACUGAAAAAGAAGGUCAGUUACAACGUAAACAAAAUUCUUUACGAAAUUUAAGUGAUGAACUAGUCAAAGCUAAUGAAAUAUUAACAAAAUUACAAAAUGAACUUGCUUCAACAAAAUCUAAAUUAAAAUUACGAACUAGUAUAGCACUUGAACAAGAAAGAUUAUUAGAUACUAAACAAAAAGAAGUUGGCCAAUUAGAAAGUAAAAUGGAAAAUUUAAUAAAAGAAACAGAAGAUGCAAAAACAGAGGUUGAAAAUUUAAAAGAACAAGUCAAAACUCAACAAACACAAUUAGAAGAAAAAGAAAAAAUAAUAAAAAAUAAUGAUAAUGUGAUAAGUUGGCUAAAUCGACGAUUAGCAGAUAGUCAAUCUCCAUCACAAAAUGUUACUGCAGCAGCACCAAUUACAGUACCAUCUUCUAUUCAAUUAACAUUACCUAGAACAAAUAAGUUAAUUAGCAAUAAAUAUGAAACACGUACACCUGCAUCUAAUACAGUACAAAUGCAAACAAAUACAUUAUCUGGAGUGCCAUUAAGAAAUCCUAUUGUACAAAAUCCAAAUAUUAAUCAAACUUCACGUAUAACAGCACGGUCAAUGGGUGUUGGUAUUACUGAUAAUACCAUAGGCAUAUCAACAUUUAACAAAAGUGGUCAAAUCUCGAGUACUAGUACACCUAUGGAACGUAUUAAUUCUUUAAAUAAAAUAUCUGGAACUGCUGCAGCUUCUUCAAUGCCAGUUAUUAUAGAAAAUAAUAAUUCAUCUGUACCAUCAAAUGGUACAAAAACAAAAAGUACAAGUGUUACUCAACAAGGUGGAUUAAGAAGAGCAGGUUUGUCUGAUAAGCCAAUUUUGCCAUCUGCAUAUUUUCCUAAAACUUUACAUUGAUUAAAUAUAUGUACAAUCAAGAUUUCUAGUAAACAUUAAAUAAUAACAAAAUAAUAAUAAAAUAAUAACAUAAUAUACAUAUCAAAGUUGUAAUAUUAUCAUAUAAAAAUAUCGAAUUAUAAUAUUAUUUGUAAAAGAAAUAUUUAAUAUUUUUAAAUUAGAUGUUUAAAAAAGUACAAAAUAUGUAAUUAUAUAAUGUAAUAAGUAAUAAUAUUAAGGCAAACUUUAGAUUUCACUUUUAAAAAUAUAGUUUUUAUGUGCAUGUAUUGUAAGAAAAGAUAUAUAUUUUCAGAUAUAUUUAAUAUUUCCUUAUGUUAUUUAACUGUAAAUAUUUGAUUUUACAAAAAAUAAUAUAAAUAAAAUUAAAAAUCUAUAUUUUUGCAAAAUUGUUUUUGUAUUUCUUAUAUUAAUAUUAUUAAAAAAUAUAUAAAAUAUAAAAAGUUGAAAAAAAUUAAAAAGUAAUUAAAAAUUAUAUAUUAAUCAUUACAUGCACAUAAAUAUAUUUUCUUAAUAUUAUAUCAAAUCAUAAUUAUGCUUUUAUAUAAUUAAAUUUAUCAAUAUAUUAUAAUUUUAUUAUAAAUGUUGCCAUAUAAGGACUUUUCACAAAGUUCUUUACAAGAUUAUUUAUAAGUUACAAUAACAAGUAUAAUCUUAUAAAAUCAUAAUCUUAUUUUUUAAAUAGGUACCUGGUAAAGUUUUUAUUGUAUAGAUUAAAAUAUGUAAAUAUAUAUCUAAUUAUUAUAUUUUUUUUAUAGCAUGAAAUAAAAUAUUAAUCCAUA